CCAAGAACACACAGACGAUAUCUUGCUAGGGAUAAGGGAACCUAUGGGCCAAUGCCUAGAGGAACCCCAAAAGGUUUAUUAGGCAUGCCGUUCAAUACAACGGCUAUCGAUGGUCUAUACUGCGUGGGGGAUAGUUGCUUUCCUGGUCAGGGAGUCAUAGCUGUGGCAUUCUCAGGAGUAAUGUGUGCUCAUCGGGUAGCUGCUGACAUUGGGAUUGAGAAGAAAUCACGGGUACUUGAUACUGGCCUUCUUGGUAUACUUGGUUGGCUUAGGACACUCGCAUAAAUCUACUGAUGGUUGUAAUGAGAAAAGAAUGACAAGAAAAAGAAGAAAGAAGAGAUACAAUAAACUACUGUAUGAUAUAUACGCAUGCAACAUGAGCAUAAUUGUUUAUUAUUGUUUGUUAACACUUGACAUAUAUAAAUAUAUAAAGGGUGCAAUUAAAUUCCGUUACGACUCUGAAAGUCAUCAAGCUUUCAGUAAUGGCGACCGUUCCCUCCCACUACCUUCGUCUUCCUCAUCUUAUCAACCAAAACUACUCUCUUUCCCUCAAACCACACUCUACGCGUAUUACUUUUCCGGCGAGUUCAUGGCCGGCGAGGGCCAUGUCGAAAACCGAAGAGGAGGCUUCUAUUUCUCCAAGGCUCGAGCAGGAAAACUUUGAGCUGACGACGGCGGAGGAGGAUAUUCGCCGGCGGGACAGAGAAGAAACUAAAGAAUCGAAGAGUUUGAAAGACACGUGGCGGAAGAUCCAAGGAGAAGAUAAUUGGGCCGGGUUAAUGGAUCCGAUGGACCCGGUUCUUAGAUCCGAGCUGAUCAGGUACGGGGAAAUGGCCCAGGCCUGUUACGACGCCUUCGACUUCGAUCCUUUCUCAAGGUACUGUGGGAGCUGCAGGUUCACGCGCCGUCACCUGUUCGAAUCGCUCGGGAUACUCGAUUCCGGCUACGAGGUGGCGCGUUAUCUCUACGCGACGUCGAACAUCAACCUCCCCAACUUCUUCUCGAAAUCUAGAUGGUCCAAGGUGUGGAGCAAGAACGCCAACUGGAUGGGAUACGUGGCCGUUUCCGACGACGAAGAAGCCACGCGCGGUCGACUCGGACGCCGCGAUAUCGCGAUCGCAUGGAGAGGAACCGUCACGCGGCUCGAGUGGAUAGCGGAUCUCAAGGAUUACCUCAAACCGGUAUCCGGAAACGGAAUCCGGUGCUCCGACCCGGCCGUUAAAGUAGAAUCCGGGUUUCUCGAUCUCUACACCGACAAAGACACGUCGUGCAAGUUCUCGAAAUUCUCGGCGCGCGAGCAGGUUCUGACGGAAGUGAAGAGACUGGUGGAGAGGUACGGAGACGAGGAAGGAGAAGAUCUGAGCAUCACCGUGACGGGACACAGCCUCGGUGGCGCAUUGGCGGUGCUAAGCGCGUACGACGUGGCGGAGAUGGGACUGAACAGAACUAGGAAAGGAAAAUUGAUUCCGGUGACGGUGUUCACGUACGGAGGACCGCGAGUCGGGAACAUUCGGUUCAAGGAGAGGAUCGAGAAACUGGGAGUGAAGGUGUUGAGGGUGGUGAACCAGCACGACGUCGUGGCGAAAUCGCCGGGACUGUUUCUGAACGAGCGUGCACCACACGCGCUAAUGAAAUUGGCGGGAGGAUUGCCGUGGUGUUACUGCCACGUGGGCGAAAAGCUGCCGUUGGAUCAUCAGAACUCGCCGUUCCUGAAGCCAACCGUUGAUCUUUCCACUGCUCAUAACUUGGAAGCUCUCCUCCAUCUCCUUGACGGGUAUCAUGGGAAAGGAAAGAGAUUUGUGUUAUCAAGUGGGAGAGAUCCAGCGUUAGUGAACAAAGCAUCUGAUUUUUUGAAAGACCAUUUCAUGGUUCCUCCCUAUUGGCGCCAAGACGCUAACAAAGGAAUGAUCAAGAGCUCUGAUGGCCGUUGGAUUCAACCUGAUCGCAUCCGUGCUGAGGAUCACCACGCUCCUGACAUUCAUCUACUCCUCUCCCAACUCCAUAAUCAUCCAUCAUAAAAUUUUUUUUUUUCUAUUUGUAAUUAGUAAUCAGAUUCUUUCUUUGUCUUUCUACUGUCUCAUUGCUUUUUUUACAUUACAUAGGAAAAAAAAUUAAGUUUUCAUAACUUAAUAGAUCAGGCAAAAACUAGACUGAAGAGAUCUUUAGUUUUUAUCAAAAUUGGAGAGGAUACAAGUUUGUCGCCA